CCAUGUUUCCUAUCCCAGCGAUGGAUCCUGUCGUAUGUCGGUUUCUGGGGGUUUAUGAUGGUGUAUGCUAUACGAGUAGAUUUCAGUGUUGGAAUCGUUUGUAUGGUUGGUGGCAGCUCAAACCAAAACACGAAUAUAUCAACCAUAUUUAACCAAACAGGUGAAUUUGAUUGGCCCAAACCUCUUCGAUCUAGUUUAUUAGCAAUGUAUUUUUAUGGUUACAUCAUACUUCAAAUACCAGGCGGAUGGAUAGCUACCAGAUUCGGCGGCAAACGUGUUUUAGGAUACAUGACAUUUGUCAGUUCUGUUGGGACACUUCUUACUCCAGUUUUAGCGAGGCUUCAUGUCAAUGCAUUAUUUGCUGUCCGAUUCAUCAUCGGAUUAGCUGCAGGUGUGUCAUUUCCUGCCAUGCAUUCUAUAUGGGGUCGCUGGGCACCUCCGUUAGAGAGAUCAAAAUUGAUGGGUCUUUGUUAUGCAGGUCCAUCCAUAGGUGUUAUAUUAACAUACUCUGUAUCAGGUUUACUGUGUGUUUAUGGUUUUGAUAAUGGUUGGGGAUCAAUAUUCUAUUUAACUGGUAUAGCUGGUGUACUAUGGUGUAUAACAUGGUAUUUUCUCGUCAGUGAUACACCUCAAGAACAUCCUAGAAUAACACCAAGUGAACGAAGAUAUAUUGAAGAUGCUAUAGGAUAUAAACCUCAAGCUAAGGUAACCAAAACGCCAUGGAUAAAAAUGUUUAAAUCUCCGGCAGUGUUAGCCUGUAUAACAGCUCAUGCAUGUAAUAACUGGACAAAUUAUACUUUAUUGACUAGUUUACCACUGUUUAUGAGAGAAGUUCUGGAGUUCGAUAUAAAACAGAAUGGGUUUCUGUCAGCUGUACCAUAUCUCUGCACCAUGCUGUCAGCAAUUGUAAGUGGACAUAUUGUGGAUUUUAUCAGACGAGGUGUCAACACCACUACUGUCCGCAGAGUUGUACAGAUUAUAUCGUUUGUUGGUCAGUCAUGUAGUCUGGUAGCUGUUGGGUUUGUUACUAAAGAACUGAGACAUCUAGCAGUUGGAUUGUUAUCACUGUCUAUGAUAUUUACUGGUUUAAAUAGAUCUGGCUAUGUAAUUAAUCAUGUUGAUUUUGCACCAAGAUAUGCUGGUGAAUUAUUUGGAAUAACGAAUACGUUCGCUACUAUUCCUGGUAUGAUUGCGCCAAUUGUUGUUGGACUGAUUACA